AUGGAUAACCAGCGAGGAGCGCCGACCUCGGGUCGUCGGCGCUCCCCCUUCUCGCGCAGCCACUCUAGUCGAACUCCUGACACCGACGAUGACUCGGAGAAUAGCCGUUGUCCCUCUCCCUUGAUUACUGUCGACAGUGGAUAUCGGGUCGAUCCUUUUGUGCGCUACCCGGUCGCGCGGGCUUCCACAGGCGUACGACUCAUGGCAGAUUACUAUGUCCAAGUAUGGGCGCCUCAACAAGCGCUGGCCUUCAGUGUCCAAAGUGGACGGAAUGCGCUGCUUGCGCUCGUGCUACCAUUGGCCUUCCAGAACCCGAUGCUGUUCGAGGCGACGAUUGCGAUGACAAGAGCCGCGUGGGUCUUGAGGAGGGGAUCAGAACCAUUCGCCGACAAGAUGCUGCUCCGACACCGAGGAGUCGCACUCAGAGAGUUAAGAGACAGUCUCAUGGCUCCUGAGCGGCUGGAUCCCGACCUCGUCUUGCUGACAAUGUCCACGCUUGUAACAUUGAACUAUAUGAUCAACGACCUGGAAUCCUUUGAAAUUCAUCUCCGUGCCUUGGAGAACGUGUUAGCGUCUAGCGAGCCCAGAGACGAUACCGGGAUAAAAAGCUUCGUGCGAGGCAGAACCCUGGCGUUUGGAGUGCUUGCCUCCUUCUUGCAAGCUAACCAGCCGAGUUACGCAAACCGAAUCAACGAGAAAGGCCACAGGAUCAGUACCUUGACGUAUCCGGGCCACCCCUUUCUUCCCGAUCUCUGCGCAGUCGUUGCCAAGUUGCCGGAGGGAUUUGCAGAAGUUGCACUGAGUCGUAGCAUCGCCAUUGAAGUGAUUAGCUUUGUGGUGAAGCUGACGGAACUCGUCAACUGGCUUGCGUCCUCUCAGCACGAGAGGGAGGCCCAACCGAAGCCGGACAUGACCAUGCAGCGGGCCAUCUAUGAUCUCCAGUGUCUCUCGGCCCUGUCAUUGACGCCCAUCGAGGUGCAGAUCUCCCGAGCAUUGCUGGCGUUCUGUUUGCAUCUCUACAACGACAUGUCCUUCCACAUCCCACUCGCACGACCUCUUCGACCCCUCCUGGAAACGUUUAACGCGUAUACGGGCAACGCUCGAGAUCCUUGGCUCCAUCGGUGCCUUUAUUGGUGCGCCAUCGUCACGGCGAGUGCUUGGGACACUCAGAUUGAUGCCUCUCCCGAACAACACCUAGUUCUCGACAGCUUGGUGGACAAGUUGCCCGAGGCGACGUCGUGGGACGACACCGAAGAACUGAUGAGGCGGUUCCUCUGGCACGAUCGGCUCGCGGAUGAAUGGGAGAUUUGUUGGCGUGCGGCAUCGUUCAGAAAGCGUCGGCAAAGGAGAGGAGCCUCACAGCUGCCGUUGGCACCGUACAUGUUGAUCGAGGGUAUGCAGCAUUCGGAAGGUUCGUCGUCUGACGACCACUUCUGGGAGUCAGUCUAA